UGUGGGGGCGGUGCGCCGCCGUUUCCCUUCCCCCGCGCGGAAGAUGGCGGCGCCCGGCUCGCUCCUGGCCUGGUGCGUCCAGCACCUGCGCGGAGACUUCGGGCUGGACGUGGGCGAGGAGGUCGUGAGGUACAUCUUGUCAAUAACGAAUGAGGACGAGAUCCGGGAGUACGUUGUUGACCUUAUUCAGGGGACUGACGGGAAGAAGAGUCGCUUUUUAGAAGAACUCCUGGCCAGGUGGCGGAAAUCCUCCCAGCUGCCGUCUGAGCCUUUGCCAGCGUAUCGGAAAAAAGAUGAGACUUCGGAAGUGCCUCGGGCUGGAGACCAAGCAAAAAAGGGUAAGCGCAAAGGAAGGAACAAGCAGGAGACGCCUGCGUAUGCUGAGCCAAGUGCACCUGUAGAGGAAGUAAAAACCCCCCUCGACCUGGCCAAGGCACAGGAGAACAGCAGUGGAGUCGGCAGCAGUAGCAAUUCCUCUAAGAAGAAGACCAAAUAUGUCAGCCUGUAUACCAAGGAGGGGCAAGACAAACUGGCUGUCCUGAUCCCUGGGCGUCACGCCUGCGAGUGCCUGGGCCAGAAGCACAAGCUCAUCAACAACUGCCUGGUUUGCGGGCGCAUUGUGUGCGAGCAGGAGGGCUCUGGACCCUGCUUGUUCUGUGGUGCUCUGGUGUGCACUAAAGAAGAGCAGGACAUUCUUCAACGGGACUCAAACAAGAGCCAGAAGUUGCUGAAGAAGCUCAUGGCAGGUGCUGAAAGUUCAGGGAAUUUGGAUGCCAUAAGCAAAGACUUACUUCCUCGACAAGAAGCUAGACUCAAAGCAGGCCUGGAGAUGGCUGUGAAACACAAAGACAAGUUGUUGGAAUUUGACAGGACAAGCGUGCGUCGAACCCAGGUCAUUGACGAUGAAUCAGAUUACUUUGCCACGGACUCCAACCAGUGGCUCUCCAAGCAGGAAAGGGAAGCCCUCCAAAAGAGAGAGCAGGAACUGCGGGAGCUGCGUCACGCCUCUCGGCUUACCAAAAAAAUCACCAUUGACUUUGCUGGCAGGCAGAUCCUGGAGGAAGACGACAGUAUGGCUGAAUACCACAGCAAACUGGAUGAAACCAUCGAAGCCAUUAAUUGUGGCACGCUGAGCAAGCCAGCCGGAAGCCCGGAAGCAAAGACGAGACUGAAUUCUGGUGUUUUAGUGAACCCCCGUCUUCUUCAGCCUGCUCCUUUGUGGGUGGACCAAACUGGUUUGCUCCCACACAGGAAAGCCAUCCAUUUGAUGGGCGCUGGAAAUGAGUCUGGCUCAGAGCGGAACAGGUUGCGGAUUCAGGAUCGAGAGUUGCAGGAGAUCUCAGAUGACGGUUGGUGCCUCAGCAUGCAUCAGCCUUGGGCUUCCUUGCUCAUAAGAGGAAUCAAAAGGGUGGAGGGCAGGACCUGGUACACAUCUCAUAGAGGGCGGUUAUGGAUUGCAGCUACUGCUAAGCGACCUUCCCCUCAGGAAAUCUCUGAACUGGAGACCACCUACAGAAUGCUGCUCCAGAAAGAUGUGGAAUUUCCAAGCGAUUAUCCCUCAGGGUGCCUCCUAGGCUGUGUGGACGUGACUGAUUGCUUAUCGCUAGAGCAAUUUAAUGAGCAGUUUGCAGGCAGUGGUUUCAAGAGAUGCAGCGGGCACAUCUGACUUCUUGCUGCUCUCUAAGAGGAGUUUCGGUUCCUAACAGCCCCUGGCCACACGCUCCUGCCAUUCACCCACUUCACCGGACCCUUCUUUGAGCAGUUCAGCCCAUUACCCUGGCAGAAAACUGACUUUACCCAAAAGCUCCCUAAAUUUCUGCAGGAUGAAUGAGUUGAAUUGAUUUGCGGAAGAGACCAGGGGAAGAGGGGAGCCUGGCCAUUAAGUUGGCUCAGCAUCUUGUGAGGGUUCAGCAUCUUGUGGGAGCUCAGCCUCACCUUCUUCAUCUGGGAGCAUCUUGUCUCUAAGCAGAGGAAAGGGUUACAGCUUUUUCUCAGCUCCUGCAGGCAGGAAUAUUCUGCUUUUGUUGUUCGCCAGGAUGGGAUAAGAGGUUUCCGGGGUAGGUACAAUAGGAAGCCUUAAAUGUAGUGGCUCCACGAGGGGCUCCUUCCCUGCCUCCUGGGAGUGAGAUGCCAGAGGAAGGACUGAGUCUUUUAAAAUGCAGGACACGAACGGUUUUGGCACACGUACAGAAAUGUACCCUGGGAGCGAAGAUGAAAGGCGGCGGCAUGGAAGCGUAAACCCAAGUUGCAGCUGUGGCAUCCGCCUUGGCCUUGGGAUCGGAUUGAGCUGGAAGCUUUUGGAACUGAAGAUUUGAUCCUGGUUUCAGAUGAAAGCUGUCAGUGGAGAAACUGAUGUGGCUGUUGCUUUCACUGCUGAUGCCAGAGUACCUGUUACAGGGAUAUUCCCUGCAGGGGGGGCUGUUAGGUGUGUGAGGGGGGACAUGGUGAUGUCCAGGUCCACCAAGGAGAUGGUGGCUGAGGAGAUUUGGGAAGCAGCUGUACUCCAGGCAGCAAGACCUCUACGGCACACGGGUCCCGGACACACUACCUGGCUGACGAAGCCACUGGCAGAACCGUGUGUAGUAGAGCAGGGAUGGACCACUUCUGUGACCAGGUUUGGAUGGUGGCUUAUGGCCCACUGCUUUAUGGUGUGACCUUUGGAGGCUGUGCUAGUGUGGGAGCUGCUGGGUACGUCAGGUCCUCUGGCUGUGGAGGGACCACCAGUCACCCGCGUGAUGCUGAGAGCAAUAAAGCGGCGCCAGCAUUUCACACUCACCAGGCGUUGGCCAGGGAUACUCACAUUGGCUCUUUCUAACCUUCCAAGAUCCUCCUUCCCUGCAGAUGGGAAAUGAAAAUCCUUGGCAUCAGCAUGGAGCGGUGGAAGCAAGUCAAGCAAAGUGGCUCAGCCAAAAAAAAAAAAAAAGAGGAAGAAACCUGUCCAACGCCAGAUCGGUACAGCAGGGCAUCCGUGUGCAAUGCAGAUCAGCAUAGCUCUUUCUCCCCU